CUUCUUCUCUUGACUCCAGCAUCUUCGUCCAUCUCAUUCUCGACUGAUCAGGUUCCCCUGUCGGUCUAUUUUAUGGAUCCUGGCAUCCACGGUUCGUCUUCUCUUUAAUCGCCUCUGCCUACCCCCAGACUGUCGUGCCGGGUGCUAAGUGACUUCCAGAUAUCACGGCUCAUACAAUGUCUGCAUUUAUUACAGUUGAAAAACGCCAUUUGGAACAUCUGCUCAGCCAAGCAGAAGCUGCCGAUCGACAGAAUGUAUCCGCGGAAAACAAGCUCCUCGACCCUGAUUCAGUGACGAUCUCGAAUUCCGAAUAUAAACAUUUGCUGCAAGAAUGCGAACGAUUCAAUAGAUUGAAAGAAUCACUUCUCAACGGAGGAUUAUCGACGGAGAGUCUCGAUGUAUUGAUCUAUGGUCCAACACUACGCGAAACGCAACCAAACCAAGGCGUUAUCCGGGAAAAUCCUAUGGGCCGUCGUGAAGUUUCCUCCCCCAGCGUUGACUACCAUCAUGAGCGUUCCAACAACCAUGGGCUCUCGACAAACUACGACGAUGACGAUGACGAUGAUGACGACGAGGACGGCCUGAUGGAUCCCCAGGACAGUGACGGGAAGGAUGAUUGCGAAGAAUCCUCGAGGACCACGGGAUCCUUUGCUGGCACCGCCGACCGACGAACUGUCUUGAUUCGCAACUUACCUGAUCGAGUCACCCAUAAAGACCUUGUCGAAAACAUGCGGGGCGGCGCGCUUCUACAUAUUUAUCUUCGAGCCCGUGAACACCUUGCCAGCGUUUCUUUCGUCGAGGAAGCUGAUGCCCAAGGGUUCUUGCAACAUGCAAAAAAUUACGGGUUCUAUGUCGCCGGUAGACGAGUGGAGGUCUUGUGGAAUGAUCGUCAAUUCUACAUGCCUCCCUUUGUUAGGGCUAAAAUCAACAACGGAGCGUCGCGAAACAUCAUCCUCCACAAUGCGAACCCCAACAUCACCGAGGGGCUCAUUCGCAGGGACCUCGAUCAUAUCCAUAACUUGAUUGUGGUGGCGGUCAAGUUCAAGAAUGGGAACGCUUACAUUUCCACGAAUUCCGUCCAUAACGCCCUCUUUGCCCGGUCCUGCAUGAUGUCCCGUCUUACUUACAAGGGCAUGAGAAUCGGGUUCUAUCCCGACGAAUGCAACCAACCCCUGGCCAAAAUUCCCACAGGACCGAAGAAGGAUGUGCAAGGCGGAGUAAAAAAACCGGCCUCGAUUCCCAACCGUUUCCAGCUCCUUUCGCUUGAUGGGGGUGAGGAGGAGGAUAGUGAUGGCAGUGAAGGACUGAACGGUACUCACUUGGGCAACGGUAUUCAUUGGGCAGACAACAGAGUGUCGGCUUAG